UGGAAGCACUGCAGUUGAACAAUGUUCGAGAAAAAAGUUGAUAAAAACAAACAAGAACAAAAGCCUCGCGACGAUGGAGUUGAAUUGGAGAAUCAAUAUAUACUGCGGCUACCCGAAGAAGUGGCCAAGGCGUUGAGAGAAGCCAUCAAUUCGCCCAAUUCCAACCUGAAAGAUCGCAUGACCAUACAAUUGGAUAAUGAUUUGCGCUAUGGAGAGGUACGAUUUGAUCAUUGGUUGCUGCAUGCCAAGGUGGUGGAUCUGCCAACAAUUAUUGAAUGCCUCAAGACCAUAGAUAAUAAAAGUUUUUAUAAAUCGGCGGACAUAUGCCAAAUGAUGAUCUGCAAAGAGGAACCCCAUGACUUGGACAAAGAAGAAUCCCCGAAUAAGGGAAAGAAAAAAGAUCCCAAUAAGGUGGAUAAGAAAUUCUUGUGGGCCCAUGGUAUUACACCGCCAUGCAAGAAUGUACGUAAACGUCGCUUCCGUAAAACUUUGAAAAAGAAAAAUGUCGAAGUUCCGGAAAUUGAAAAGGAAGUAAAACGUCUUUUGCGUAUCGAUAACGAUGCUGUUAAAGUUGAAUUUGAAAUUAUCAACGAAGAUCUUUCGAAGUCAACGGAUUCACAGCUGAAAGACAGCAUGGAGGGUGAAGAAGAAUUCAUGGACGAUACUAUGAAUGAGGGCGACAAAGGCAACAAUGACUCCUCAUCACAAAAGGAUAUUAAUGUUGAAUCCGAUGGUGAUGAUGAAGAUGGUCCAUCAGGAUCAGCACCAUCGGGUCAUCAUUUGGGUGUUGGAGAACAUGAUAUUUUCGGAGAAGAGGUGUCCUCUUCGGACGAUGAUGAAGAUAUAGAAAGACACGAUACUAGUCGUAUGCAAGACUUGGAUGAAACAUCACGCAUGUCAGCCGACGAUUCACGUAUGUCCUAUUUCUCGGUGGGUGGUGGCAAUAACACCAAUAUGAGUGCCAAGACCGGUGGCCUAAAUACCUCCAAGGAUGAUUUGAAUGAAUACAGUAAAUCAAUAUUUGGCAGUCCUAAACAGGGUGAUGAUGACAAUUCCAAAUUUGGUGGUUCAAAUUCAAAUCUUGCUGGUGCUGGUGGCUACUUUGAUGAUCGUAAACGUACCCUGUCCGAUGAUGAAUCUUCGAAUGAUGCAACACCACAAAUGAGUGUCGAUCAGAUACAAGCUAAAAUAUCGGAGCUACGUGGACAAUUGGAUGAUAUUAAGGCGCAACAUUCACAAAAGGCAAAAGAGAUUUCCUCAAUACAAAAUCCAACGUUGCGACAAAGAAUGCAAGACACAUUGGAUAAUUUGGCUAGUCAGAUGGUCGAAAAAGAAUUGGAAAUUAAGGAUUAUGAAAAUAUGCUAUAG